GCAACAGCUAGGAUGUUGCGAUAUCGCUGGCAGCAAAAGAUUGCUGUGGUUGCAGAGAUUAGGCUGCUGGGUUGAAACCUCUGUCUAAUGUUUUGGUAGAUGUCAGAUUGUGUGUUUUUUUUAUCUGCAGUUGCAUCAGACGGAGGAUUACGUUGUCUUUCGACCCUGCGCGUGUUGGUGUUUGUCAACGGCUGCAGCGGCGCUAACACGUUAGCUUACAAAAAAAAAAUCACAGUUUUAAUCUAAAUGGGAGCAAUUAAAUAGCUCGACGGGCAGCUAUGUGCCAUCCAAAGGCGGUUUCACUUGACUGAGGAUGGAAAUAUUGUUCCAGGUAUCGCUAUCACACAAGUCACACGUUGGAUACAUCGCAAACGAAGACAUUAUCUUCUGAGGAUAACCUGGAUAACCUUACACGAAAUGUCAUAGCGCGUUAAGUAGCUAGCACUUAGCUAGCUCUGUAAUUGCUGGACGAGAUGGAGAAGGAGCUAAUGUUAUCAUCAUCAGCAGCUGACCAUGGACAGCUGGAUGGAUAGCUAAAGAAAUACUUUCUCCGGACAUGCUUUAGCCUCCUGGGUGGUGUAAUUCACUUACAUAACAAGCGAGUCGCAACCGCUCUAGCUAUCACCAACUGGCUUGUGUUUGACAAGCAAAUGAGAUCUGCAACCAAAAAAAUCUCUCAAAAUCGCAAGUGACAAAGGCAUCCCUGCAUGGUUUGAGACUAAAAAUAGACUCGUCGGAUUCGUUUAGGUGCACCCGCAUCUAUAUAUCAGUGCAAUAAUUCAGAGCACAGGAAACAAGCCCUUCAUCUGUGUGUCUGUGUGAUUGAUACGCCUCCUGUCAUCCUGACAACAUGAGGAAGUUCUUUGAUUCUCGUCGGGAGUUGGUGAGCUCCGGGCCCGGUUCUGGAGGGGGUGGCAGCUCGGGGUCCAGUCAUGCAGGCGGAAAUUUCAUUGGCAGGAACUUCACUGUUGGGCGGCACCAAGUCACUGUUGAAGAGAUAAUUGCUGAAGGUGGCUUUGCAAUUGUGUUCCUGGUGCGAACAAAUCAAGGGGUUCGCUGCGCCCUGAAGAGGAUGUAUGUCAACAAUGAGCAUGAUUUGCAGGUGUGCAAGUGUGAGAUACAAAUAAUGAAAGACCUCGUUGGUCACAAGAAUAUUGUUGGCUAUCUGGACUCCAGCAUUACGGCUAUGGGAUCAAGGGAUGUAUGGGAGGUUUUCAUUCUUAUGGACUUCUGCAAGGGGGGACAGGUGGUGAAUUUGAUGAACCAGAGGCUGCAGACCGGCUUCACUGAGGCUGAGGUGCUGCAGAUCUUCUGUGACACCUGUGAUGCUGUUUCUCGCCUGCACCAGCGCAAGACACCCAUCAUCCACAGAGACCUCAAGGUGGAGAACAUCCUCCUGCAUGACAAGGGUCACUAUGUGCUGUGUGAUUUUGGCAGUGCCACUAACAAGUUUCAGAGCCCUCAGACUGAAGGAGUAGCCGUCGUGGAGGAAGAGAUCAAAAAGUACACAACGUUAUCAUAUCGUGCUCCUGAGAUGGUGAACCUCUACAAUAACCAAAUUAUCACCACAAAAUCAGAUAUCUGGGCUCUGGGCUGUAUGCUGUACAAAGUGUGCUUCUUCACUCUGCCCUUUGGUGAAAGCCAGGUGGCCAUCUGUGAUGGCAAUUUCACCAUUCCAGACAACUCCCGCUACUCUUAUGAUCUUCACUGCCUCAUUCGGUACAUGCUGGAGCCAGACCCAGAGAAAAGACCUGAUAUCUACCAGGUCUCCCACUUUGCUUUUAAACUAGCUCAGCGGACCUGCCCUGUCCAGAAUGUGAAGAAUUCUCCAAUUCCUUCUAAACUUCCUGAGCCAAUCAAAGCGAGUGAGGCUGCAGCAGCAAAGAAGAACCAGGCUAAACCCAGAUUGACGGAUCCAAUUCCCACCACUGAAACCUCCAUCACCCCUCGCCAGAGGCCCAAAGCCGCCCAUACGCAGCCCUCGGCUGGCAUCCUACCCAUCCAGCCUGCUGCUCUCACCCCUCGCAAGCGGGCUAAUCUCCCUGGUGGUGUAGUUCAGCCUGUGGGAGUCAGUCUGAACCUCUCUCAGCCGGCUGCAGCUCUGCAAUCACAGAAGGCUCAGAGUUCAAUUCUGCCAAUCGUCCAGCUGCAGAACAAUUCAAAUCAGGCUGCAGCUCCACAGAAGCAGGUGCAGCCAGCCGCAGCUACAGCAGCAGAGAUUACAGCAGCAGCAGUUGUGUCACCAGUGACCAAGGCUGAUGUCCAACCACAAGCACAGCCCAUAGUUCAGCAACAGACCACUCCUCCCUCCUCAGUCAGCGCCAACUCCCAGCAGGCCGCUCCAUCGAGCCCGGCCGCUCCUCAACGUCCAACUCGGCGUAAGCAGGCCCAGCAGCCAGCGGCUCAGGCUUCCCCCGUCAAACAAGCCUCCGGUCAGCCGCCUGUCUCUCAGCAGCAGAUAACUCCGUUAUCAGCAGCCCAGGCUCAGCCCCCCUCCUCUGAGAGCAGCCCAAAAACAGCUGAGACGACUCCUCCUUCCUCUCCAAAGACAACUGAAGAGCGAGGCCACCAACGCACACCGAGUGACGCCACAGCAAGCAGCAUUACUGGAGUUCCUGUGAGCGACUCCUCGCAGCAGCCGCAGGGAGCUAAUGCAGACGCUGCCCCCAACCAAUCCUUUACAUCUCCACCCAGUACCACCCAGCUUGUUGAGUUUGGUAUUGUUGAUGGGGGCCAGGAUCAGAACAAAGCUGGACCCACUGCUGAGGCCACCGACACCGCCACACAGCCUGCAUGGAACCCGUUCGACGAUGAUAGCUUUUCCAACCUCUCUGCAGACGGAUUCAAAACUGAGGACAAAAGGCCUACUGAUCUACUUAUCGAAACUAAGUCGCCUUCCUCAGAGGAGUUGAUACCAGGACUGCUGGCCUCAACUGUGGAUGAUACACCCCAAGAUAAAAUUGAAAGACCUUCAAACAUUAUUGAUUUGGAUUCAGGAGCCUCACAGCUGGUUGUCCCAGAUCCGUUCGGUAUUCUCGACCUGUCAGAUACACCAGAGAAGCUGAUAGAAGGACUCAAAUCUCCAGAACCGUCUUCACUCCUGCUUCAGGACCUCUUGUCAUUGUCUGAUCCCUUUGGUGUCUCUGUGGAAGAGGCUGCAAAAGACCCUCUCACCACAGACGACUCUCUCCUGGGCUGCUCUCUGAUCUCCGGUUCGUCCGUCCCUCCAGCAGCGAGCAGCGCCACCUCCUCCGUCUCCUCUGCUCCCACCUCCGCUGCCUCUGCUCUGGAUGAUUUCAGUCUGUUGUCUGGGGACUGUGCACAGCCUGUAGCAGACUCGUCCCUCCUGAUCUCAGACUUUGAGCUGCAGCCGGCCGCAGCGGAGGGCCAAGAAGACGAGUUUGAUCCUAUUCCCGUCACAGGCCGAAAGAACUCACAAGUUUCAGGAGGCCACUCGCGCAGUAACAGUGGUGGCUCUGAAUCCAGCCUGCCCAGCUUGGCCCGCUCUCUGCAGCUGGUGGACCAGCUCAUCGACUUGUAGACGCGCCCCCCCCCGCCCCCUUCCCCCCCCUUCCACGUAGAGCUGUAACAAUGGAUUAUAGACUGGCAUAGCAUAACGGCAAUCAACACUGUUGUCAUAGCUAACUUCCUGCACCCCCUACCUGGCUGUCAUCUCCAUUCUAGCUCCUACAGUAGAAACGUCUCUGUGCUUCUUCAUGCCUCUCCGCCGUAUCAAUCAUUGUCUGUCUCCUCUUCACCUCUCAAUUCUCACCCCCUCACUCACACUUUCUCUCUGUUGUCGAUGCAUCAUGUAUAUCCAUCGGUUUAAAAGAGCGGCCAGUAACACUAAAACCAUCCUUCCUAAAGACUAACCAUCUUUCUAUCAAUCAGGAUAUACUAUUGCUAUCCAGUUUGUUUGAGCAAUAUUGCAUUGUGUCUAAUAGCGAACAAUAGGAGAUCAUUGUUGUAUUGUACAAUAGGCAUAGUUAUAAGUGGUUGUAGUUAUUAUCGUGCACAAGUGAAAUUGUCGUUGUUUGCCUUUUUAAAUUCUCCUCUCCAGAUUUAUUUGCACAUUUUAGAGUAUUAGUUCAACCCAUAGGAAAGUUAAGUGACCAUUUGUUUAAAAGAGGUCAGUUUAUUUCUUUUUAAAAGGGAAACGUAGUCAUGUAGCCUGAUUUGCACAGUAUCAUUAAUGUGACCUCUGUCGGGGCUGUUGAAUGGAAUAUCUUAAACAAUUUAAAGCUGCUAUAGAACAGACCGAAAAUAACAAUCUGGAAACAAAACAGCCAUAAACACAUGUCCUAUAUAAUGAGUUGUUGUUAUGAAGAGAAUAACAGGACUGUAACAGUUUUCCUGAUCAGACUUUACCGUGAAAGUGCCAUAAAAACAAUCUGUGAACAAACUGCAGACUGCUGGAGAAUCAGUUAAACUCUAAAUAUAAUAAUAAAUACAUGACAAAUAAAUUAGUUUUCAAAUGAGAAUCAGUUGGCUUUUAUUAUGAUCUUAUUUUUAACGUUAUACUCUAAGCAAGCAAUAUGUUGAUUUGCAAUUAAAUGACAAACCAGGGUCAUUUAACAGUGUUUAUAGCAGUGUGCCAUAUGUAUAAAAAAUGCAUGAAAUCAUUACAAUAAUUUAAUAAUCAGCAGUAAUAGAUGAUUAGAAAAAAUAAACGGUAGCUUUUUAUGUAGAGAGCAAACAUUUGAGGCUAUUCAGGUGAUUUUUUUGGCACUAAUAUGGCAUUAAAAUAAAGUACAUUUUGCACUUUUGUUUAAAUAUCAACACUCAUUCCGCAUCGUGCAAUCCCCCCUACAUUCCUCUCAUGUGUUCACUCCUAAUUUAUGUAAAUAGAUAUCUGCAUCCCCUGCAGGCUGUUAUCUUCCCGUGUAUAUAUGAAGUCAUUGUCAAAGCUUUACUUGUGGAAAACAUAUUGCUUUACUUGUGAAAUAUCACAUAUCCAUCCAUAUAUAUAUGUACAUAUAUAUGUGAUAGAUAUAUGACUGAAAAAUGACAUUGUUUUCCUGUUAAUAAAUGUUAAUAUGAAUAGAGUGUUAGAGAAUGAAUGUAAGAAAUAAAUAGUAGUCUAUAAUAAUAAAAUAUCUAUGAAUCUGACACCAUAAUCACUGAAUACUAUUGAAGAAUACGCUAUAUAAAUAUUUCAUUCCUCUUUGUGAAAUUGUGGAUUGAGAAAGUUUUUCUUGGUUAUAUCUAUUCAAUUAUUGUCGGUACAUUAAACUGUAUAGAUGAUAUUCCUAGACUUUGUUGGAAAUUAGUCUGAAUCCCAUGUUUUACUCCUCCUCCUCUUUGUGAUAAGAAAGUGAGCCUGUGUUUGUUCACACGGACUGAUGAAGGAUUAUAUUUUUAUUCAAAACCAUCGACCGUCGUACGAAAAUUGGGAGCUUAACCUCUUUGAAUUCUGUUUACUUUCAAAUCUAGAAAUCUAGAAUUUUUCUGAAAAUUGUGCUUUGUCGAGCUUCGUUUGGCUUUACAGACUUUAGUGAUCACAGAGUUCAUAUCAAAAAGCAUGGCAGUGUUGUUGAAUGUUAUGUGUGUCAUGGUAUACAGUGUUAUGAUAAGUGUGUGUGUGUGCGCCUGCGCGUGUGUGUGUGUGUGUGUGUGUGGAGUCAGAAUUGUUGGAUGUGUUUUCCAGUAGCCUACUUGUGUUGAUGUUUGCUGCAAAUACGGCGACGGUCGAGUUGUCGUUAAAAAUCUCUUCUGAAAGCACAGCCCCCCCCCCCACCCCCACCCCACCCCCUCAAUUCUCUCAGGAAGUCUGAGCUACAUCUGAGAGUUGGAUUUGUUUCGGCUCCCCAGUCUCACAUCUCCUCUGGAAGUCUGCACUCCAUAUUACUGAAUGUGUCUGAUAGGUUCAUGUGUGAGGGGCUCUGUGUGAGAAGGAUGAAUACGCCAACAGUGGAGAAUCAAGAACUCAGCAUUAAGUCUGUGGUUUAAAAAAAAUCAGCAAUAGAAAUGUUUCUGUAGGAUCAAACAACGUGCAUGAUGAUUACAGAGGGAACACUCAGCUGGAGAUUAUCUGAUUUGUGAGAUCUACUUUAAAUAGUCUGUUCUUUAGGUGGUGUAGUAGUUAAAAGUUUUUAAAUAAUCAGAGUUUUUGUUCUUUGGUAUUAAAGAUAACAAGAUUUUUGAAAGAUUGUGGUUAAAUUCUGAUGAAGUGCAUGCAUCUUAAUGUUUUGGGUUUUUUUGUUGAUUAAAGUCAACAUUACUGCUAAUUUAUUGCAUAGAGUACAAGUAAUAAGAACAUUAAAAACUGUUUUGACAUUAUUUAAGACAGCUAUUUAGAGGAAAGCCUCUUUUAAAACCUUUUAAAUUCAAUACAAUAUUACCUUUUCAAUGACUGUCAGGGCAGCAGUGUAAUAAAAAUUACCUCAAAUCUGAAAAAUAGUUGUGAAAACAUGGAGCCUAUAGUGAGUUAUUCACAUGUUCUCUGAUAAUAAAUGUCACGAUAAACAGAUCAAACAUCUUUAUUCAUGUCUAGUUUCAAUUGUAUUCAUUAAACACUUAAGAUUGAGAGUAUUUUAAGUAGAACUUCUGAUGUGAAUUGAAUUACAUCCUUUUAUCUUUGCAGAAACUUAUAGGAGAGGCUAGCUUCAGAGCGACAGGUAUUUACUGUAGGUACUGCAUGUGCGACUGAAGGCUUAUGUUAUUUGUAUCAUCCUCCUAAUGAUCCUUCCUCCGAACCACUUGCAGUUACUGUUUGAACCUAUGCAACUCCCGAGCUUUCUCCCUGUAGCCGCUGGUGUAAUCGGUCCAAGCCGAGCAGUUAGUGAGGUUACUCCUUAAUGUGAAACAGAAGCCCCUCAUUUUCUCUGUUGUUUUUGCCCAAAAAAUGAAACCUGUUGAUGAUCUGAUACUUCUGAGUGUUUUGAGACUGCUCUUGUCUUGAUGGCCCAAACCUGCGUCAGAGCUGUGGUAUCGUGUGCUCCUUCUAUUUUUGUGAGAUAAUUAAAGAAUUAUAAAGGGAUGGCAAAUAAAAUACAAAUGUGAAUGUCAA